GUUAAAAUCCAAAGCUCAAGGGAUGAAAAAACCAUGGCAUAGUGCGACAUUAAGUUUGAUUUCAGGGAAAGGACACUAGAAGCUUGAUGUGACAUACAGAUAAAAAUGGGACAGCAAGGAAGAAACUCUCCUUUCCUUUAGUAUGAAGACACCUUUGAAAUUCUGGACUAGAUUAGUGUUGCUUUGUCUAGUAAACCUUUUGCUUGCGGGAUAUGCAGAUUCCUAUGGCCAGAAUGCUGGAAUUGAUUAAUUUCACCAACCGAAUGAAGAGAGUGUGUGGGAGAUCCCUUCAGUGUCUCAUCUUCUAACAGGCUUGGAUGUCUUCCAGCAAUUGAGUUCAAAUGGUAAAUCUGCAGCUGUUGAUUACAAAACCGCCAAAAAACCUACAAUUAUGCCUUGGCGAUCUCCUAAAGUUUUUAUGAAGCUUUUAUCUAAUCGUAAAAAAUAUAUUCACGAGUGGCUUCAUAAGUUUCUGGCUUUAAGAAUGAAUUACAGGCAAGACAUGAAACAGUCAUCACGUAACUCCAAAGAACGCCCUAAGAAAGUGGGAAGUUUUCAAAUUUCUGACGAGAGGGUAAAUGGAAGAGGCGAAUAUGCCAUUUCACCUGACCAAAAAGACUUUGAACUAAAACUGAAUCUUAGAAUAAAUGGAAAACAGCGACAUCAGCAGCAGCAUAAGCAAGAACAGCAACAAAAACCGAACCAGAAUCUACGAACACAGCGACCACCACAGCCACACCAACCAAGGCCAACUACAGCAAAUUGCAUUCAUUCCCCGUUUGAACAAGAAGCCUUACGCAUACACAACAGAUACCGAACAAUGCACGGUGCUCCUGCGCUGAUAUUGAACUGUGACAUGAGUAAAAAUGCAACGAAUUACGCCCGCACACUGGCAGAUAUGGACGCUCUGGUGCAGUCAGGAGAUACUGAAAGACCCAAUCAAGGCGAAAAUCUUUCUCUUGGUUGCCAUGGUACUAGGGAGCAGACCGCCGAGGAAGCAAUAAAAACAUGGUUUGAUGAAGUGUGCCAGUACACAUUUGGCAAACAGGGUCCACAGUCGGGUACCAAUCAUUUCACGCAGCUGGUCUGGAAAGAAAGCAGGGAGUUGGGAAUUGGGAGAGCAUCCAACAAGCAACCUAAUGGAGAAACUUGCACCUUUAUUGUUGCUCGCUAUAAGCCUUUAGGAAACUUUGAAAAUGGUGAUGAUGCCUACGUGAAAAAUAUCCAGAAGGGAACGUUUGAUGAAACUUAUUGCAGAAAUAUUCCGAAAGCAGGUUUAGAAGGAGGAUAUGGUUUCAAGAGAUUUCAAAGUCCAAAUUUCAAUGGGACUUAUGGUGGAUGAAAUACAGAAACUCUUACUCUAUAUUGUUCUCCCAAAUCCAGUUAGGACAUUUAAUUGUUUCCUAUACGAAUUAAUGAGAAUAGACCAAGAUACAUAGGAUAAAAGAAAAAUAAAAACAA